CACCAAUCAAUCCGAUUAAUCAGUCCAUCAGUCAACCAAUCAGUCAGUCAGUCAGUCACUCCCCUUCGCUUCUCCGCCUGCCUUUUCUCCUAAGGCUGAUGCCCGACAGGCGCGUCUUCUCCAACCAGGACCCCAGCUUGGCCAGCGCCGCCUCCCUCUCGCUGCAGGCCGCCCGGCCGUGCCGCCCGUCGUCACGGCGCACUAUCCGGAACUUCCCGGCGCGCGUCACCUCCUGCACCGAGCCCUCCUUGGCCGUGGCCGCCUCGUCCAUAUUGGCCGUCUCGGUGCUGCGUGUGGUGGGCAUCUCGCGUGGUGGCGACCGGUUGACCAGGUUCUCUUCCUCGACGUCGGUCACGUUAGGCGAGGCCUCGAUGAAGGUGAUGCCGCGAAUGAACUGCGUGAGGGCCGGGGGGGAGCCGUCGGAUGACGGCGAGCGGCCAUUCAGCCGGGACAAGAUGGACAGCGCCUCUCGCUGAAGGCUGAGGUUCUCCUCGAGCAAGUCGUGGUAUCUGACACGCUUUGUGGCGUCGCUGUCACCGUCCUCUCCCUCUCCCUCUCCGUCGGCCAUGUCAUGCUGCUCCUGCUGCAGUGCGUGCCGGUGUGUGUGGUGGGGCUGCUUGUCGGACGGCUGUCCGGCCGCCUCGUCUUCGGGCGGUGUGAUGCCCUGCCGUGUGGGGCUCUCGAGGAUGGCCGCUAGAUCACUGGCCUGCCCCACCUCCAGCCUUAAUGCAUUCUGAAUGAUGUUCCGCUGCCGCUGGACAUGCGACUGAAACCGACGAACAGAAACACAUGACCAGUGCCAGGGUCUGUGCAAAGGGGUGCGUCAUACCACGAGCAGUUUCUUCUCUGCCUCUAGCCUCCGUAUCUCGCUGUCCUGAUACUCCAACAACCUCUGCCAGAUGUCAACCUGCAGAACACAAUGCCGGCACACACACGCGCACAACUGUUGUGUUCUCAAUGCGCCUUUGUGUGCCGUAUUAGUCACCUGGCUUCUCAACGCCUCAACUUCAUCCUUUAGUCGGAUCCUCUCGAGCAGCUGCCUCCGCUCUCUCUCCUGCCUCUUGUCGUUGCCUGAACUGCUGGAACUCCGUGACGCCUGGCUAUCUGACGGAGGACUGUCCAGCGGCCGACGUAUAAUAGAGCCGGACGUAGAGAUAAGCAUCAGCAGUCAGCGCCUUGAGAUUUUC